AAAAGAUGAAAAGAAAAAAAGAAAAAAAAAAAGGAAGAGGAGAAGAAGAAACAAUAGUAAUAACAUGAAAGGAAAUACAGCAACCGCUCGCCGUGUCUCCGCGCGGCGUCCCUCCCGAUACAAAGAAGGACACCCACUUCCGGGACGAUCCCAGAUAAAAUUCCGCGUUUAUCUCAACCUUCAGCCUUCUCGAUCUUCUCUCCCAUGAGGUCAAGACACUUUGACCUCCCCAGGAAGCUCCCCCACAACGAUUCUCGACGUUGACCUCUGCAGAGUGUCCGCUUAAUCCGUGACCUGAUGGCAUUCGGAUAUCAGGCCACCGCGUUACUUGCUUCUCAUAGUGUGUUAGACAUGUUGCGAACGUGCUGUACGCCCUAACCCCCGCCCUGCGUGUUUAUUGGUUUGAUUUCCCUUCAUAGAAAAACAAGGAAUUAUUGCACUCCGGUCGACCUUUUUGAAAAGGGUUAGUGUGCGGUCUCUGUGCUCAAAUAUAUCAGUUUUGUAGGUUCUCAGGAUCUCAAGGUUAUUUUCUGAAACUUAUGUGUUAGCAGCCGUUUCAAAAUAUCCUGUACACUGCUAAAGCACUUGCUAAUUUUUACUUCACAUGUGUAUUGCGUUCACUGCCAUCGCCAAAGUGAUUCUUGUAGCAUUUUUUUCGAAGUGGUUUCUGUUACCACAUAUAUCCUAAAAGACAAGGAAUAACUAAAGCAAUUAAUAAAAAGGAGCAUUUCUACGCACAGAGAUAAGACCAUGAACAGCAUGGCCAAAGCUCGGAAAUGGUAAGAGGUAUGAACCUGAACACUUCCUCCAAAGUACCAUGGCGAGCGACGCUGAAUGGGCACCUUUGGAGAAUGAAGUUAGAAAGAGGAAUGUCAGUGCUUGCAAAUGCCAUCCAAAGCCGAGGCUGUUCGACCCAUGGAGGGCCUCCUUCGCAACUUUCCUGCUUACUUGCUGCCAAGACUAUUCGACCUGGGCCAUUGUCUCGGAGGCGCCGGCCUUCUGUCUUGGAGAUUUGGCCGCUGGCAAGAGGAGAAAAAUGACUGCUUACGAAAUUAGAUUAAUGCGUGUUAUCGCUUUCAUCUCACCUUGUGCCUUUGUGAUAUUCAAAGGAUGCUUUCGAUGCUUGGCGGUCAUGGGGAGUAAAAUUAUGGAGUUUCCUGAAUAUCAACUCUUUUUCAUGGGACAGAAAAUAGCCAAAGGAAUUACCCUUGAAGGAAUUUCAUCGCGCAGAUUAUCCCUGUUGCCAAUACGAUCAAUUGUACCAUCCAUGAACCAAUAUGGUCAAUUCAGCGGAUGCAAGUUGACCGCAGUGUGCUAUCCACUGUUAAUGGUGAACCAAAAAGACACAUUUUGUGUAUGCUACCUGGGACCGUCGAGGCGAUUAAGAUCUAAACGCGCAUUUCAUCACCGAGGUUUUCAUUUAAGAAAAGUUGCCAAGGAAUUUGAAGACUCCCCGCGAGCAAAUUUCCCUCGACUGCUUCUGAAAGUUUAUUCCAGUGAAAUUUCCAGCUAUCGCUUUGCUAGGUUUAUCAGCCGCGCUGUCGACCAGGCAAGGAAAAUUUCGCAGGGCACAAAUUUCGGAAAGCAUCACCCGGCGCUCGAGAGAAGCUGCCUCAGAAACAUCGCAAAAUCGUCCGAAGGAAAGACGGAAAUCGGUUCAGUGUUACAGGACCCGCCUUCAGUAUUCCUCGGUCCUCGUGUGCGGAAACGCUCUCGGUACCUUCGGCGACUUCGCGAAAGACAAAUGAGAAGGGAAGUUUCGUCGGCCGCGAGUGAACUUGAGUGUGACGCCAAAGUGCCUCUGGAUAGAAGGCUCGAUGGAAGUGAUGUGAGAAAUUCGAAGUGUGAUGUUACGUGUCGUGUUAGAGUGUGUUCGCAUUUAACGCGCCUUGAGAGUGAAAGAGUUCCUUCCUCGAGAAGUGAUAAUAUGCCAAUAACGACGAGAGAUUCCACGGUAGAUAUCAGCGACUCGUUUCCACGCGUAAAUCCCAGGCCGGGGGAGGAGCGUGCCCACGUAAGUGAAAAUCGUUCUCCGUCAAAGCCAGUGACAAAACACAUCGGCAAAACUCCGCUGAGACCAAGCCUGUGCAGACGCCCGUGGACAGUUUCGGGCGUCAGCGUCGUCAGCAGGGCUUGGGCGGGGGUGCUGAUUAUGCUAACAUUAUGGGCAUGUGUUGUAACUGCCAACGAAGACAAUCCGAUGCGGAAUGGGUGCGAGGCUUACGCCGGGACGGAGGGCGAAGGACGGGGUAGCCACAACACGCCCGGCCCCGUGGCAGUGUGGUGUCUCAGCGUACAUGGCACCUCCGCCUCUCCUCCGUCCUCCUGUAAGAAACGAAUGAAAUACACUAAGAGUCGGAGGGCAGUGGGGAUGGGCCGGCUUUCAAAUCCUCACAGGUCGGCCUCUAAUAUAGGACUGGAGUUCAUGGAUUAUCCUGGGAUUAAGGAAAUAUCAGACUUAGUGAAUGAAAUGGCUUCUUGCAAAAAUAAGCCUAAUGUAUUCUGCUACACCUGCUUUGAAUACACCAUUGUUCCUAACGGGAAUCCAGUCACAGGUUUCAUAGAGCGUGCUUACCAUGCUUAUUUUGGUAUUAAACUUGGUGACCAGGAUAGAGCCUGGGCGCCACACAUGGAUGCAGCCAAUACUUAUCUCUGGUUUUCCACAAGAGACGAACACAACACGGCAGCUCUCAAGGCUGGUCCCGGCCUCACCGUCUCGAGGGGUCGCUAUCUCCUUAGGUCACCUUCUUGGCGGGACCCAAGACAUGCAAAUUGCUGUGUACUAAUUUAA